UAAAGAACUCUUAUUAUGAGGCAUGAUGGGAUCUGUAGUCAAUUGCAGCCUAGAGUGGUUAUCGGGCUCGUUAACGCAACCCCAUCUCCCAGAAUGCACUGCGCCCUCAUCGUUCUUCUUCCACAAACAAUCAUGGCGUCGCACGGAGACGGUUCAGGUGCCGCCGAGAACCAAGGAGAUAAAAAGGCAGCGGCGGUAUCGUUUGGUUUCACAAAAACUGUCAGCAAAUUUAAACCCGCAGCCGGCGGCAUUCCAGCCAAGACCGACGAGAAGGAUUACCUGACUGGAAUCGACCGAAAUGAGUUACAGAGUUCAAAGCCAACCGAGAAGCCCAAAGAGCUCAUCAUCCCAUUGAUCCAGAAGAACCGCUGGCACAAACCGGACCGAGCGGACCCGAGUGGAGGCUCAGCGCGCGGCUCGGUCCAAGACAAAGACUCGGUGGAGUCUCAAGCUGUCAAAGAACUCAUUGAAGAUUCACGGAGGCAGCUGGAGCAAUGGCAGAAUGCAGCAGAGUCGAACAGAAGCCUGGACCUCUCCAUCCCUCUGUUGAUGCAGAACAAAGUCCCUGAGGGUUUUGAGGAUGGAGACCAUGUAAAGGUGGACCUGCGGCCUGAAUCUUCGACAGAGGCAGAUUACGAGAGCGUUCCUGUUGAAGCUUACGGACUCGCCAUGCUUAAAGGGAUGGGCUGGAAGAAAGGAGAAGGCAUCGGACGAACCUUUAAACAAGACGUGAAGCCAAUCGAACACCAGCUCCGUCCAAAGGGCCUCGGCCUGGGAGCAGAUCGCUCAGCGAUAAAGGAUCUGGAGCCCAGCAGACAUCAGCGUCCCCCAAAGCCCGGCGAGGAGCGGGGGAAGGAGGAGGAGCUGCUGAUGGGUCCUGGGGGCUGUGUGCUGGUGGAGUCGGGGGCACAUAGGGAUCUUUAUGGGAAGAUCGAAGGUGUGGAUGCAGACAACGCUCGGGUGGUGGUGAAGCUUGCUAUCGGCGGCAAGGCGGUGACGGUCAGCCAGUACGGCGUCAGACUAGUGGGGAGGAAAGAAUAUGACAAGUACAGCAAAGACCUCAGUCGGCUCAGUAAAGCACACAAAGACAAGGAAAAGGAGCGAGAACGACGGGGUCGGGAGGAGAAAAGCAUCGGCAGCAGCGACAAAGCUAAACAUAAAUCAUCUGAAAGAGAUGGAGGGAAAGACGAGAGGAAGAGGAAGCACAGAGAGGACGGAGACAAGCCUCCAGUAAAAGAAGCAAAGAAACCUGCAGCGCCCCCCUCCUGGCUCCAGAGAGACAUCAAAGUCCGCUUCAUAGACAAAGCUUUCAAGGGGGGCAGAUACUACAACUCAAAGAUGCGAGUGGAGGACGUCCUGACGCCGUUUACCUGCGUUUGUCGAACUGAAGAGGGAAGGGUGUUAGAUGAUGUGAAGCAGGACAUGCUGGAAACCAUCGUCCCUAAAGGCGAGUACGACUCUGUGAUGGUUGUGCUGGGGGAGAACAGGGGCCAGGUGGGCCGGAUUCUUCAGCGGGACAAGAACAAGUGCAGAGCCACGGUCCAGCUGGACAGAUGCGAGGAGGAGCUGUUCACGCUGGAUUACGACUGCAUUUGUCACUACGUAGGAGACCACUGAAGCCUGGUCCUUCGCCUCGUCUUAAGUGUUGCUUUUCUAAUGAUGGACAGUAUUUUAACACUUUGGAAUUUUUAAUAAAACCUUGGAAAAGUG